AUGCAGGCUUAUGCCUCGGGAUGUGAUAUAGUAAUCUUGGCUUGUGAUUUCCAGCGGACUCAGAUCAUCCCGGGUGAGAAACAUGGCAACAUCCAAGUAGGUUGUAUUGACUGCUCAUCAGAAAAUGGAAAGAUUGCUGCAUCAUAUGCAAAUCAGGUCUAUAUAUUUGAACCUUCACCAGUUGCUCAAAAGAAGAACUCAAAUCAUAAACUUGAGUAUCAGUGGGAAGAGACUGGAAGUUUUAAGAUUGACUCUCUGGUUAGCAACCUGUCAUGGAACCAGGAUGGAACCAAACUUUUGACUGGUAGCAAUGCCAUCCAGCUAUGGGCAUGUGAGAAGGUGGUAACAAUAGAAGUGAGUGAUGCUGGAGAAGAGACUACUCAACCAGUCGACAAACCUAUCCCAGGAUAUACCUGGCAAUGCUCAUGGCAGUGCAAAACUGCUACUGCUAUAUACCACCUCAAGUUUUCUGCUGAUGGUCAAUUCUUUGCUUCCGCUGGAAAGGCUGAUAGGUUAGUGAAGAUAUGGUACCAGAAUAGACACCCCAGUAUUGGUUCUGGUACCACAAAGGAUCAGGUCCAUGAUGACUCCAACAAGAGUGAUAGCUACAGUUUCAUCUACAUCGCACAUCCCAGGGCUGUUACUGGAUUCUCUUGGAGGAAAACAAGCAAGUACAUGCCAAGUGGUGCGGUUGCCAACGUCCUGGUGACAUCAUGUCGUGACAACAUCUGUAGAUUGUGGUGUGAGACACUUCUCCCUGAUACCACAUCAUCAAAGGGAACGUCUAAAUACAGCAAACAUGUUGGAAACACCAAGGAACAUACUACCACUGCCACCAAGAGACCAAAUUUCAGUCUCAACAUCAAACCUAGGGAUGAGAUUGAUGGACAUGAUAGUGAAAGCACUUCAUUUCAAAAAAAGAAAAAGCAAGUUGAGCAUGCCAUUCCCUUGCCAAGCCAGAAGAAAGAACAUGAGCUACAUAGGUACUAUCAUGGCAAAGUACAGAGGAAUGGAUUAGGGGGGAAUCCCCUACAUUUUCACAUUGCAGCUACCAUAAACCCUAAUACAGACAUUCCACUCUUGCCUGCCAUUGGUACCAUGACCAAGGGUAGUGCCCCCAACUUUGUGGUCAACUGGCUAAACAACAAAGAGCUCCAGUUCACCCUGGCGGCGGAGACCCUUCUCCAGACUGGUCAAGAGUCUCGGAACAGCACCUCCACCAUCCCUGCACCAGCAGAGGAAGAGGAGGAGGAGGUAGACGGUGACACUUCUCUUGAUCAGGGCACAACCUCAGAUGAUGAUGACAUUCCAACAGUGAAAAUACAUGUUGAAAACUCCUCUCCAGACCUUACCAAAGAAACCAAUAGUGGUAGCCCUCGUAUCCCACCAGCACGUCCUGAUAGCUUGAACACCAGCCCAUUCUCACCACCUAGCAGUACUCUUCCCAACACAGACAUGCUGGACAUUGAAGAGAAGCGUGCCAUCGAGAAGAAAUUCCAGGGACUGAUCAAGGAGUGGCAUUGCAGUCCAGAUAUGCUUUACAGUAUCCACCCAAUCGAUGGAUCCUUUCUACUUUGGUUGGUAGACUGGAUGGAUGAGCACAUCCCUGGUGUCCAUCGGCAACCCCAGGUCAGCUUCUCCUGCCGUAUUCCACAUGCUUUCCCUACGUUUGAUGCCACCACUCUGUGCAACAACCUUGUGCUUUAUCGGAGCAAUCUAACCAUGGACCCUCGAGCCAGCAAGCGAUUAGCAGACCCCUUGUCUCCUGUUGAUGCCAGUGGCAUGACCCCAAGUUACAGUUUUGCCAGGUACCUGAGCCAGGUGCCUUCUGGUGUGGAUAUCUUUGCAUUUACACCAAAGGUAUCCAUGCUCUCAAAGCAUGCCAAUGGUUCAUUGAAUCAGUGGGAGAUCAGUUUUCAGGAGGGGUCUAAGUUCCAGACUGUCCUGAAUGUCAGCCAUGUUGCGCGCUCAUGUGGUCAUCGCUUCAGCCUCAAUCAUCUCGCAUGCCAUCCAAUCUUGCCUCUUCUCCUUACCACUUCCCACCAUAACAUCCCAAAGGUUGAAGUGGACUUUGAUGUGGCCACUAGCCGCAGCCGAAGGACUUCCAUGAUAUCACGAAGAGCCUCUAUUGUGAAACGCGCCAGUAUGGUAAUAGAAGCCACUGGGCAGAACCCUGUCACACCUGGUGCAAUAAACCUCUUUGGCAAAAACAUUCUCUCUGAGAGUGAGCACAACCGGCUGAUGACACUGUACAACUCAACCGUCGAAGGAUCAACUCAGGAUUUCAAUGAAAAGGAUGAUAUUAUUCUCCCAGACGAACUCAUGGAGCAGGUCAAUGCAGAACUCAACUGGCCUGACAUGAGCGCUCCAACAGGACUCUGCAGCGAGCUUAUCCUUUGGAGGGUCUUCAAUGUUGGCCCUCUUGGGAAAGGUGGUGGUGUGAUGGAGCUGGCACGGAUCAACUCUCCCUUUGUGUCUGCCUUCUCCCACGUUGCUUGGAUGCCCAGCCUUCUACCAAGCUCUUGCUUGGGACCCAUCUCCAACUCUCCCAGUGCAUGCUUCAUAGCAUCCGAUGGUUACAGUCUUCGGUUGUUCCAGGCAGUCAUCGAUGCUCGCUCACUGCUUAAUGAAAUAACUCCUAGCAGCAAUCAACUUGAGGGAUAUCUGAGUAGUAGCUCUCCAGUCACAGCAUUCCUGCUCCAGAACACAGAUGAAAACAGUGAAGACGAUGACGAGAAGAAAGGUCAGAAGUGUCCUCAGGUCAUCAGUCUUCAGUCUACAUCUAGACCAGGAUGUAUCAUUGAGCUGGACACACUCAAUGAUGCCAAACAGAAUUGGCAGAAUGUACAGUUGAUGCAUGUUUACCAGCAGCAGUUCAUCUCAGGUCCAGACAGCAAGAUCCAUCAGUCACGGUCCAGUCACCGACUAGGCAGUACCAGCUCCUCACCUCUACACACCAGUCUCUUUGAGGAGCGCUUCUUCCUGGUGGUUGUGGAGAGGAAACUGACAGGGGAGUCCAUGGUACAUAUGUGGUACGUUCGGCUGGAGAGGGACGUGUCCAAGGGUGGAGUUCCAUGUGAUGGCCUAGAGUCUGAUGAGGAAUCCCAGCUAGAUGAUGAUAUUCCAGAUGAUUCUUCCAGUGAUUUCUCAGAUGGAGAAGCAUCCAAUCAGUAUGACUCUGAGAAGAGUACCAAUCAAGUUUCCAGCAAGAUAAAAACAUUCUCCCGGAAGGUGUGCAGUCAGAAGCUAGAUCUUCCUGUUGGGGUUGAAGUUGUCAGUGCGACUCCAGCAGCAGGUCAUCUUAGUUCCUCCAGCAUUUACCCAGCUUGUGUUGCACCCUACCUCUUUGCAACAGCUUGUUCAGAUGGCAAACUGCGCUUCUGGACGUGCAAUAUGUCAUCAGGUGAUGGUUCCCAAAGCAGUUUUGAUCACGGUGAGGAUUUGCCAGGGGAAAUUGAUCCGUCCAAAGAAGAUGAUUUCACAAGAGCUGAUUAUAGUUGGGAGGAGUGGAAGCUGCUUGUACAGGUUGAGACCGAUAGUUCUCUUGGUGUUGCAGGUUUACCAGUUGCACUGAGCUCUGCCUACAAUGGACGCAUUGCUUGCAUUUUCAGGACAAAUCCACACCAUGAACACCACAAUACGGACCUGAUUCCGUUGAAGUUGGCUAUAUAUGAGUGUGAGUCUACUGGAGGAUCAGAAUGGAUGAUUGAAGAAGCGAUUGACCUUGGGAUGCUCGACCUCAAAGCUUGGAUGCGACAGGAAGAUGAUGAAGUUCCAGAAUCAGAGGUGAUCAACUACAAGACAAUGAAGCGAAGCUCAAAGGUGAAUGACUUCCUCCACAUCUCACCAUCUCCAAACUCAAGUUGUGGCAGUCCCCCAUCUCCUGAGAACCUACCAGCUGUCCUGACGCAACGCAAGCGCAGCAUCCUCAAAGCCAAACAGUCACAGUAUGAUGAUGCUGGACUCCCAGUACAGCUCUCUUGGGUAUCCAAAGAGGAUGGCACUCAUAUUCUCACUGUUGGCAUGGGGUCCAAAGUUGUUGUCUUUGCUCCUGUUUCAACAGAAUUUGUAGAAGCAGGAGCUAAUGGCAUACCUGAUGAUAUCAUAACACAGCAAACAGGUCUCCAACGAGUGGCAACCAUGGGGGAAACCACCAGCUUAAGGUGGCUACCACUUAGAACAGUCAACUUGAGUUCAGUUGAUGGAAUUGCACCACAUUCCAAGAUGCUCUCUUGGGUGAGAGCAGGAAUUCUUGUCGUCGGCUUGCAGAAUGAGAUGCAUGUGUAUAGUCAGUGGAGAGAGGAAAAUUGGAGAUCCAGGAGACGAAAGUAUAGAAGACCAGUUCCAAGCACAACAGACACACUUGUCUCUCAGAAGAGCACAAAUUCCAGUUUGUCUGUUAAUCUCCAGACAAUCCCUAUGUCAAGAACAGACAGAGAGAAAUCUUACAAUGACAUGUCUGAGCUCCUCCGAGAGUCAGCAAUGAUGUCUUCUAUCCAAGAGCAGGAGGAUGACAAAGAUGAUAUCAAGCAAGACUUUGGACUCUUUGAAAUAUCGUACUCCACAUGUCCUGUUCUUCCACAGUACCAUCCUAAACAACUCAUGGGUUUGAUGAGCAGUGGGAAGAUUCGAAGAGUCAAGGCCAUCCUGGUUCAUCUGGUUAACUGCAUCGCUGGAGAGGAUGCAGUCAAGCAGUCCCUCCUGGCUAGUGUCACACAAGACAGAGACCAGGAUGAUGAGGAAGCAAAGUUUCGACGUAGCUUGCGAACACUUUCAGUGGCACACAGUCCAGUUGAAUCCUCUGUCCUUGAUGACAGUGGUCCCAAGCUAGACUACAUAGAACUUGUAUCAGUACCACCUCUUCCACUCUACCGUCUCACAUCAGCAGACACACCUGUCACCGUCACAACCGCUCCUGCUGUCAAUAGGGCAACUCGAACAACCAGCAUUCUUAGUCCACCAGAUGAAAUCACUACAGUAGAUGCUCAGGACUACACCCAGCUCUUUUCGACCAGCUUAGAGGCAUUUCCAUCUUCUCUUGAUGCAGAAGGUGAACUUAGAUCACCUCAAGAUGGUGCAGCAUCAUUGGCCAGUAAACUCAAAGACCCUACAUACUUCACUGUAGGACAAGCCCAGCUACUUACCAACUAUCUGACUCAUAUGCAUCUACCAGGUUUAUCCUCUCUGGAUCAGAUGCAUCUUCUAGCUCUUGCUGAUACUAUUGCUUCUACCAAGACAGAGAUUACACCACAUAGUGGAGGAAGUGCAGGUACUGUGAUAGCCAGAGAAGGAGCGGGUUAUGCAACAGUUGAUGAUUCAGAUUCAUCUCAUGCAGGUGAAACUCUAGAUGAAUGUGGACUUAGAUUCUUGCUUGCAAUGAGGUUCCACAUCUGUCUCACCAAAUCUCUCCCAAGACAUCAACAGGUACAACUGAAACACCAGGGUAUUGGGAGCUGUCACUUUGCAUGGGCAUUUCACUCAGAGGCAGAAGAAGAACUCCUGUCCCUCAUCCCAGGUAUUCAGAAGGGUAAACCUACAUGGACGGAGCUUCGAUCAGUGGGCGUAGGCUGGUGGGUCAGAAACAACACCACGCUCAGAAGAUGCAUAGAAAAGGUUGCCAAGUCACAGUUUCAGGCAGAGAAGAAUCCAUUGGAUUCAGCGCUCUUCUACUUAGCCAUGAAGAAGAAGAAUGUUCUCUGGGGAUUAUUCAGGUCCAUCAAAGAUCAACGUAUGACAACGUUCUUCCGAAAUGACUUCAACACUGAUCGCUGGCGCAAGGCAGCCCUGAAGAAUGCCUUUGCCCUGCUUGGUCGACAGCGUUUUGAGCAUGCAGCGGCCUUCUUCCUCCUUGCCGGGUCCCUCAAGGAUGCUGUAGAGGUCUGUAUGAACAACCUUGAGGAUGUGCAGUUGGCCAUGGUGGUUACCAGGCUAUAUGAGGAUGAAGAGAUGCCAGCCAAGCAGAAGGAGAUACUCAGAUACAAAAUACUUGCUCAAGAUGAGAAGGGUGAAAAGCUGGUCCAAAAUCAACCUCAUCCUGAUCCUUUCUUGAGGAGCAUAGCCUUCUGGAUGCUCAAGGACUAUCCUGCCUCUUUGAAGACCUUGUUGCAGUCUUCCACUCAGGAGAAGAAUGGUCCUAAGAACAACCUACCCAAUGGUCAAGCUACAGAGGAUCAUGAAGAUCAUAAAGGAGAGAGGGCCAAUCCAGAUGUCUUCAAUUUCUACAACUAUCUGAGGACACAUCCUCUCCUGUUGCGCCGGCAGCUAGCAGAUGCUAGCAAAGGAAGCCAAGGAGCAGGGUUGUUGAUUUCUGGUGCAAGCGUUGGUGGGUUUGGAAAGACUGCAGGAGGUGACCAACUGGUCAAGGAUGAGAUCACUCCAGAGGAGAGGACAUUGUUCUUCACCACAGCUCAUGCUCACCUUUCCGCAGGGUGUCCUCUGUUAGCAUUAGAUGUCUUAGCAAAGAUCCCUAAAGUCAGGACUAAAACAAAAGAAGACGAUAAUAAGAUGGUUGAGAGCAAGAGUGUAGAUAGCCUUCCAAGUAGCAACAUGAUAUCAACAGGAACCAUCGAUACAGGGUUCUCAAGUGCCAGCUAUACCGGUUCCUCCUCAAAGGACAGUGGGAUGGGUAUGGACUGGGGUGCACCGGUCAGUAGUCAAUUGACCAAUGGACAUAAGAGUGAUUCAGGGUUAGAAAUGGACUGGGGUGCACCAGUAGGGGGUAGGUUAGAAGAGGAAGAUCUCACUCUCGAUUGGGGUGGAGAUGACGAUGAUGAUGAAGGAGAUGAGAAGGACAAAAAACUGGAGCAGAAGAAAUCAAGUUCCUCUGAUGAUACUAACAAUGGCACUCUAAUGAAUGGUACCGAUGAUAGUACAAGUAGUAAGAAUGAGAGUUCAGUGGUCAGUGAUGAUAAUGAAAGUGGAAUUGACAUCAUAGCUCAGCAGCUCAAGUUCAUCUGCUGUCUGAAGAUCAUGAUGGAGGAGCUAAGGACACUUGCCACUGGCUUUGAGGUAGAUGGUGGUCAGCUUCGCUACCAGCUCUACAUCUGGUUAGAGCAGCAGGUAGAGACGCUACAGCAACUGUGUAAUUAUGGCAGUCCUGUCACAACCAAGAACAUUGUUGAAGAUGAUGAUAUGGAUGAGCAGGACGGUGGUGAGACAGAUGGUGGUCAAGGAACCCUCUAUGAACAGCUGCAGGCAAAGCGGUUAGAUCUGGAAGAAAAGAGGCAGAGGGCCGUCCGGCGGAAACGAUGGCUGCGUGACAAUCAUCACCUCUUGCGGACACUUGUCAGUUACACCAUGUUGUAUGGUGCCAAUGGAGGUGGGCUGGCAUCCGUUGCCAUGGAAUUAGUUCUCCUCGUCCAGGAGCUCCAGCAGGAGCGCAUUGUCCAGCAGCUGUCAUCUCCCUUGCCUAUUCCAACAACACUCCCUCUGAUGUCUGCUAGCAUCGCAAACUGCAAAACGGUUGUGACCGAUCCCAUUCUUUACCUUAGACUUCAUAUCCAUAGUGUCCUUCGAACUAUCUUGGACUUUACAGCUCCACCCUCGCCCAACCAUCACUCCCCUAUCAUAUCGGUAGUACAUGCACUCAGUGCAGCUCUCUCUGCCUGCAUCUAUCAGAGUCUGUGUGACAGUGAUUCAUUUAGUGCAUCCAUUGGAAAAUCAAAGGUCACAGGAAUGGAUGCAUACACCCCUGGUAGUAGGAGUCAUGUGAUGUUCAGAGUUGGUCACCUGGUCAGCGUUGGUAGGAAACGUAGUCGACAUCAGAGUCAGGAGCAAAAUAAUCUAAGUAUCACUUCACCUCCAGGAAAAUGGCCAGGCGUAGCAACUUACCAAGCACUUCUUGCCAGUGAGAGAGAUGAUGACAUACCUAGCCCGAACAUCCAACUCUGUGAGGGUCUUAUUGCUGUCUACAUGAGCCUUCUUCUCCAUGCACUCUCCAACAACAAUGCAAAUGAGCUCUUCAGGCUGGUUGCUCAUGAUCUCAACGGAAAGACAUGGGCUUCCGUUUUUGGGGGCGGGGCUAAGGUGGUCGCCCAAGCUAAACUCCUAGCAUCACACAGCUCAUCAAGUGGUGACGAGGCCCUGGCCAAGCAAAGGGAUAGACUAGCCCUAAGACUGAUGGGAAAAGCCAGCAGAGGAGGUAAAUCAGCUGCAGCUACUGAUGACAAACCAGUCCUAAGGGAACUCUUCGUACCUCCUGAAACAAGUCUGAGGGACUAUUUUCUAGUGAAGCCUUACAUUCCACCCAGCCAGGCAGGAACUGAUUACGACUCCAACGCCAGCGACAGUUCGGAUGAUGAAGACCUUGAUGCCUACAUGGAUGAUGAUUAUGAUGACACCGGUCCAUUCUCAUCUCGUGCAUCCCGAAGGAAAAGAAACGUUCCUUUGCCAGGAGAAACAGAACAUUCUGAUGCAAAUUCUUACAGCUGGUGCCUGAUGCGUUAUGCUGUGAUUAAGCUAGUCAUCAGUAAAAUUCAAUCAUUCCUUCCAAUUGCUGGUAUUGAAUUAGCAGAGCUUCCUGUGGCAUCGGCCAUCUUGCAUUCUGUUCUCAAGCUCAUGGAGCAAUGGCAGCAGGCCAGUGUGCGCAAGCUAGACUUGUUUGCCAGACCGCCUCCUGAUUUUAUCUCAGAGACCAGCGGUAGCAGCAUGACUGGCCUGAGUGGACCGGCCAUACUCAGAUACAAAGGGCUGCUAGAUCCUGCAAACACUCCUUUCAGGAGUGACUCCAAAGCAACACUUCCUGCGAAGAGGCUGUGGAACUUCCUGGUGAGGCAGGAGAUCAUCCAGGAUAUCUUCAUCCAGUUUAUCUUCAAGAAGGGCAAUGUCAUGGAAGAUAUGCCUGACUCCUCCAUGAGAAGCCCUAGCAGAAGCACCAGUUCUCUCCCUCAGGCAGCAUCCCAAGCCAAGCUCAUCCAUAAAGAACAGGAGAAGAUAUCAGCUUUCUGCUUCAACCAGGCUGACUGGAAGAACAUUUCUAUGAAUGGAGAGUUCCAAUCUAAUCCAUCCAGUGUAGUCGUGUCUACUCACCGAGGUCUCCUAGAGUUGGACAUCGCUCUCCUACUUACUCCGGACAAUUCCUAUUGGCUGGACGAUGAAGAUGGUGGUGACCAACAGAUGAAAGGAAAGAAUUCCCAGAUGGAGGAUGAAUUCUUGAUGAUACAGCCAACCAGCAUCCCAUCUCCACGCUUGAGCAAGUCAUCAUCCGUUCCAUUUAUCCAGCUCCCUUCCGGUGGUUUCAACCCAGCCUUCCCAUCAGACUCUACUCCAGCACAGACGGGUAGAAGCACACAUGUGAUUACACAUCGUCCAUUGUACCACAUCAGAAAGCUUUCAGCUCAUCCCAAUCUACCAUACUAUCUCAGUGGGUCUAAUGAUGGUAGCGUUCACAUGUGGGAAUGGGGUCAUUCUCAGAAGCUCUACACCCACAGGACUCCUGGUCAGUUCCCAAAGGUCACUCAGAUUAAUUUCAAUGACCAGGGUAACAAGUUUGGAGUAUGUGAUGAUGGAGGUCAGCUUGCUCUCUGGCAAGUAGGAAUGAACUCACCAGCAGCAACCAAACCAUUCUGGAGCAUGGCCUGUCACAACAAGACAGCGUAUGACUUUGCCUUCCUUGGAUCAUCAAGUUUGUUGGUGACAUCAGGGGUCUCUACAGACAGCAAGAAUGUUUGUCUCUGGGAUACACUGCUACCUUUCAGAAAGUGUAUGGUACAUGGAUUCUCAUGUCAUGAAGGAGGUGUACCAUCAGUGUUGUAUUGCCCUCGUCAGCAGACCAUCAUCGCUGGUAGUAAGAAAGGAGAAGUGAGUAUCUUUGACAUAAGGCAAAGGAAGCUAAGACACUCCUUCCAAGCUCAUGAGUCUAGCAUCAAGACACUCUGUGUUGAUCCUAUGGAGGAGUUCUUUGUGACGGGAUCAGCAGAAGGCAACAUCAAGGUAUGGUCACUGUCAGUUCAUAGCCUCCUUCACUACUUCCCAGGCCAGCACACCAGGGGUAACUUCUUCCGCCAGUCUGGUAAUGGCGUGGUUCAACUGGCCCUCCUGCCACCCAACAACCUGUACUCCUGCGGUGCUGAUGGCACCAUGAAAUGGCGCAGCCUGAACAUAUCAAAUAAUCCAACAUCAACUAGAAGUACCUCAUCCUUCCAUGCUUGAGUAAUUUUUUUUUUUGCUUCUCUGACGAUAACAACAUGUGACCAGGGUCAUGAUGGGGGUAUGGUGUCCUGGACAAAAGAAUGUUCUGCCAUACUUAGAAGGUGUCAAUGAUGUUGUGGGGUGUUAAGUACAAUCCUAGUUCAAACUUCAAAAAGGUCAGUUUCAAUCAGGAGUGGUGCCGAUAUGUAGCAUUAAUAGUGAAUAAUGACAGUUUUAUGUGAGAACCAGUCCUACAAGAUUCUGCUCCUGACAUUGAUAUUGGCUUUCUUCAUUGCACAAAGAGGGAAGAAUGCAUAGGUAACAACUGAAGGAGAUAUGCAGGUUUGUCAUCCCAUACUUCAAUUUGUUUUAUCUGAAACUGUAAUCAUGAUCAUGUCUGUAAUACCUGCCCAGAAGAUUACAGGCUUAUCAUGCUUGUGCCUGUGCUUUUAUUGAACGAUUGUACCAUGAGAAAUGCAAGCCAAAGUCUAUGUUAGUAGAGAUCACUUUAUACUGAGGCAUUAGUGUACCUGUAAUGAAAAUGAAUAAAAUUAUUAAAAUACCUUCCAACUAGAUAUUUGUAACUUUUUAAGAUAUUUCCUGUUUUCUCUUAAAUCAAAUUAAAAUGAUAAAAAAUAAAUAAAUAAAGAAAAAAAAAGGCCAGUAGAAUUGAAACUUCUUUAUUAAGCAUGUUGUUCAUUUUACUUCCUGUAAUAACUUUGUUUUGUAUUCCAACAAUAUAAUUUGUCAGAAAUGAAGGAGGCCCUGGCUCCCUUCAAAGUCUUUGGGCUUUUUUUAGCUAUAUUUUUUUGCUAAUUUGAAAAAAAGAAAAAUGUGAAAUUGAACUACUUUGAUAUAAAAUAUACAUUACAAAUCCUCAUUUGGAUGCAUAGAUUUUAUUGCAUUCAAAACGGAGAUAAAUUUUAAGCGAUUAAUGUUUGUUGUCAAGGGGUCAGAGGUUUGCAUAAAUAGAAAACAUAAAAUUGUUAUAUAUAUGUAUUAUAUAUACAUGUAUAUGUGGAGGAAUAUUGUUCUGUUCAAAAAGAUAUAGUACUAAUCUAUGCAAAGCAAAAUGAUUGUUUAUGUUACAAAAUAAUAAUAUUAAAAUGUGUUUGUGUGUAUUUUAUGUACAUAUCACCAUGAAACAAUGGGGUGUGUAUAUUUAUAGCCUAUAUCUGAUAAUAUAUCCUAAAUUCUAUAUAAAAAACGUAAUCAGUAUUUUUGUGAUUGACUGUAUCGCCAGUCAGAAUGUAAUGAAAAA